AGCGCUAGCAGAGCCUCCGCCUGCCGCGUCUGCCGUCUCACCGGCCGCGGCCGGGCCAUGGUGCCGGCGCCCGGGGGCGCCCUGCUCGCCGCCUUCCUCGCCGCCGCGCUGGCCACCGCGGGCAGCUCAAGAGCUCGUGGGCAGCUGGUGACUGUGAGCCAGCCAGGGGUGUGUCGCUAUGGUUCUAGGCUGGAUUGCUGUUACGGCUGGAAAAAGAACAACAAGGGCCGCUGUGAAGCUAUCUGUGGACAUGGCUGCAAGUAUGGAGAAUGCAUGGGACCAAACAAAUGCAAAUGUUACCCUGGAUUUACAGGAAAAACCUGUAAUCAAGAUCUGAAUGAAUGUGGACUGAAACCACGUCCCUGUGAACACAGAUGCAUGAAUACACAUGGCAGCUACAAGUGCUAUUGUCUCAACGGCUACAUGCUCAUGCCAGAUGGCACAUGUGCAAGCUCUAGGACAUGUGCCAUUGCGAAUUGCCAGUACGGAUGUGAGGAAGUCAAAGAGGAGGUACAGUGUCUUUGUCCAUCAGUUGGCCUCCAUUUGGGACCAAAUGGAAGGACAUGCAUUGAUAUUGAUGAAUGCUCCACUGGCAGAGCUGUCUGCUCUUUCAAUCGCAGAUGUGUCAACACAUUUGGAAGCUACUACUGCAAGUGCCAGCUUGGUUAUGAGCUGAAAUACAUCAGUGGCCAUUAUGACUGCGUAGAUGUAAAUGAAUGUGUGACAACCGCACACAGGUGUAACCUCCACGCAGAGUGCCUCAACACAGAGGGUUCCUUCAAAUGCAAAUGUAAUCAGGGCUACCAAGGAAAUGGAUUUGAUUGUGCUGCUAUUCCAGAAAAAUCAGUGAAGGAAAUUCCAAGAAUCCCUGGAACAGCUAAGGACACAAUUAAGAAACUCCUUGCACAUAAAAACAGCGUGACAAAGCAUAAAGCAAUCAAGAAUGUGAUCCCAGAAGCAGCCAUGACGCCGGCUUCUAAGACCCACUUGCAGUCACUGGACUAUGAAGGCGGUUUUGAUCUUGGUGGGAGUUACACUGUGGGAGAGAAAAAAACUGAAGUUACCAUAGAAGAGGAAGUCGAUGAGACAGAUGAGGAAGAGAAGGAAGAUUAUGAGAAUCAGGUUGACCAUGAGCAAAGCCUUAGAGGAGAUGUCUUCUUUCCCCAGGGUAAAGAAGCAGCUGCCUUUGGCCCUCUCCUGGCACAAAGAAAAGUUUCGGUGACAAGACAAGAGCAUGAAGUUGACUGCAGUUUCAGUCGAGGAGUCUGUGACUGGAAACAAGACACUAGUGAUGACUUUGACUGGAAUCCUGCUGAUCGAGACAGAGGUGAUGGGUACUACAUGGCUGUUCCAGCCUUUGUGGGUCAAAAGAAGGAUAUGGGCCGCCUAAAACUUCUCCUGAGCGACCUCAAACCAAAGAGCACCUACUGCUUGAUUUUCAGUUAUCGGCUCGCUGGCGAAAGAGUGGGAAAACUUCGAGUGUUCAUGGCCAACAAAAAAACUGCUCCUGUCUGGGAGCAGGACAAAGGAAAAGAUGAGAGGUGGAGAACUGGAAAAGUAGAAAUAUUGCAGGGGACUGAAACAACUAACAGCAUCACCUUUGAAUCAGAACGUGGGAAAGGCAAAACUGGAGAAAUUGGAGUGGACAAUGUUAUACUAGUUCCUGGUCUGUGCCCAGAAGACACCUGAGGAUGGAUAUUUGAGCAUACUGGAUUUAACUCUGUUUUUAAUACUUGCCUUACUAGUAGUGUAUUUUUAAUCUUUUCAUUAUAAAAAAACAUGAAAACGUAAAUUUAAAAACUGUGCCUUGAACUUAGUGCAGCAGUGCAAACAGGGACUGACAUGUGCAAGAUGCAGAGCACGCUUUUUUAUGAGUUAGAUCUAAUACAUGCUUUGAAUGGAACACUACUGUAUUUCAUCAUUCCAGGUCAGGGUUUCUGAGGCAUUAAAAUCUUUGUCUAGCUUUUUUACAAAUUCUGUAUGCUUUCAUUCCUUAAAGCUCUUUUCAAGGCUAUUCUUAAGUCUUCUAUUGCAUUUCUACUUCACAAGAACAUAAAGCAGUAUUUAAGAGGAUGCUACUACUUCUCGUGAUGUAAUUUUAACUUCCUACUUAGUAUGUAGAUAUUAAUUUUAUUCGGAAAAAAAGAAAAAAAGAAGAAUGAGGAGGUUUUUUCCCGUCUUGACGGAGCUGAAUAUUAAGUGGAGUCAUAUCUUUGGGGAAUAUUUUAAUUGCUAAUAAAAUAUGCAAAAUAUC